GGGGAGCGCGAGGAGGAAAAAUCCGGGAUCAGGGCAAGUUUGAUGGCGCAUGCGCGCUGCAGCCUCCAUCCCAAACACACACACAUUUCCCUUGACUUGGAAAGUCACCCAAAGCAGCCCCAAGUGCAGGGCAAAGAGACUUCACCGAGUGAAGGGAGGCCAUCAAAUUCACACUGUCCUCACCUGAGACCACCUCCAAAACAAAGAACCUGACUUCUCUCCUGGCUUUUGUACACUGGAAUGGACCUUGAAGCCUGUGACUUCUCAAUGCAAGGAUGAAGUGAGUUUAGAGCUAAAAACGAGGCAAGAAACCAGGCCUUGAAAUCUCCGAAAGGUAGGAGAGACUUCAGACUGCAAUGGGCAGUUACUGGCAUUGCUGUAGAGGCAUCCUGAACGUCGUGUUGGAAAAGGAAGUGCACAGGACAGUCUUUCUGCAUUGGGAGAAUGUUUGAGGCCCCCAUGCAAAGCUGUGCUCUGUUCUGACUCCAAGUCUCCUCAGACAUGGCCGAGGAAAAUGCACCUGAAAGAACUAUAUGCACUGACGCAGCCUCAGGAAAACCCACGAUGGCUGCCAAGCGCAAAGGCGGCCUGAAGCUGAAUGCCAUCUGUGCCAAGCUGAGCCGCCAGGUCGUGUUCGACCACGGGGCAGCCGAGCAGGCCCGAGCGGACAAGGGCCCGCAGCGGGACAGCAGCAACAAGGACCUGCCUCAGCCCGGCGCCAAGGAGCUGGGCACGGAGCUGGCAGAUGGACUCAGCCGCGUGCAGAAGAUCGAGGAGGACAAGAGGAGGGAGGUGAUUGAGAAGUGGGUGAACGGGGAAUACAACGAGGAGCCCUUGCUGGGCCGAGCUGAGGGCAAGGAGUGUAAAGGGGCCGAGAGCGCUGAGGUGCCCCCUGAAGGGGUUUACAUGGUGCAGCCCAAGGGCUGCAGCGAUGAGGAAGACAACGGGGAUGAGGCCGAUGCUCUGAGGGGCUCGCAGGAUGGCAGCUUCCUGGAUGACAGGGAUUCAGACGGGCCAGCCUCGAAGGACGAUGCCUACCGGUCCUCCAGUGGCGAGACAGGCUCCAAGCUGGGGGCAGGAACCACCUCAGGGGAAGCGUCGUCGCUGCGGGAUUACGCCGCCACCACCAUGAACGAGUUCCUGGGCAUGUUUGGCUACGACGACCAGAACAUGAGGGACGAGCUGGCCCGUAAGAUCAGCUUUGACAAGCUGAACGCUGCUACCUCAGAGGCCCCCGCCGCCGCCGCCCUGCCCGGGGAAGACGCCGUGAGCAAGCGCGCCCGCUUCUCCAAGUACGAGGAGUACAUCCGCAAGCUGAAGGCUGGGGAGCAGCUCUCCUGGCCCAUGCACUUGGCCAAACCCGAGGAGCUGGGCUCCAAACUGGGCAAAGAAGCUUCCUCGGUGCUGGCACAGCCCAUUCGGGUGCCGGGUCCUGAUGCCUCCAUGCUGACGGAGACCAAAGCCACCAUCCUGCCGCUGCCCUCUCCCAGCAGCUCCCAGAUGCAGGGCCUGAUGUCCCGGGCCUCCAAGUAUGACUUCUUCAUUCAGAAGCUGAAGACGGGUGAGAGCAUCAGGCCACAAAACGGCAACACUUACAAGAAGGCCUCCAAGUAUGACCUAGAAAACGUCAAGUACUUGCACCUUUUCAAGCCUGGAGAAGGAAGCCCAGAUAUGGGAGGAGCCAUCGCCUUCAAGACAGGCAAAGUGGGCCGGCCUUCCAAGUACGAUGUGAGGAACAUUCAGAAGCUUACUCCAGUGAAAGCUCCAACGCCCAGCCUGGCCCCAGCUCCCCUCGCCAGCAACCCCAGCAGCACUCCCGUGGCUGGGCCAGAGCAAUCCGUCUCAUUGCCAUUCAACACUCCUGAGUACCUGAAAUCCACUUUCUCCAAGACAGACUCCAUCACAACUGGAACGGUCUCUACAGUGAAGAACGGAUUACCCACUGACAAACCGGCUGUCAGCGAAGACGUCAACAUUUACCAGAAGUAUAUUGCCAGGUUCUCUGGCAGUCAGCACUGUGGACAUAUACACUGUGCAUACCAGUAUAGAGAACAUUACCACUGCCUUGACCCAGAGUGCAACUACCAGAGGUUCACUAGUAAACAGGAUGUGAUUCGGCAUUACAACAUGCACAAGAAGCGUGACAAUUCCCUGCAGCACGGCUUCAUGCGCUUCAGCCCCCUGGACGACUGCAGCGUGUACUACCACGGCUGCCACCUCAACGGCAAGAGCACACACUACCACUGCAUGCAGGUGGGUUGUAACAAGGUCUAUACAAGCACCUCUGAUGUCAUGACCCAUGAGAACUUUCACAAGAAGAACACACAGCUCAUCAACGACGGGUUCCAGCGGUUCCGCGCCACGGAGGACUGUGGCACUGUGGAAUGCCAGUUCUACGGGCAGAAAACCACUCACUUUCACUGCAGGCGACCUGGGUGUACAUUCACCUUCAAGAACAAGUGUGACAUUGAGAAGCACAAGAGCUACCACAUCAAAGAUGAUGCCUAUGCCAAGGAUGGCUUCAAGAAGUUCUAUAAGUACGAGGAAUGCAAGUAUGAGGGCUGUGUCUACAGCAAGGCCACCAACCACUUCCACUGCAUAAGGGCAGGCUGUGGCUUCACCUUCACCUCCACGAGCCAGAUGACCUCCCAUAAACGCAAACACGAGCGCCGGCACAUCCGCAGCUCAGGAGUGCUGGGGCUGCCUGCCUCUCUCCUGGGCUCCAAGGAUAACGAGCAAGAGGAGUCCAGUAAUGAUGACCUUAUUGACUUCUCUGCUAUGAGCUCAAAGAACUCCAGCCUGAGUGCCUCCCCCACCAGUCAACAGUCUUCUGUUUCUCUCAUAGUCCCAGCUGCACCCUCCUCUGCUGCUGAGCUUGCUUCCUCACAGGGCAGCAAGUCUGCCAACAGCAUGACACCAGCCACCAAGAUCUCUGGCCUGCUCUCCCAGGCUCUUCCCAGCAAUAUACCCUUGGCCCUGGCACUCUCCAACACAACUCUUCCUGGAGCAGCUGGAUCCUUCUUCCCCAUCAUCCCCAGUCGGGUCUCUACACCACUCCCUGCCAGCUCAGCUAAUCUGAUGACUGCUGGUUCCUCUGGCACCAAUCCAACAUCGACUGCUCCUUCAGAUUCCUCAUCCCAGGCCAUUUCGGGAUCCGGUGAGCCAGCAGCUACUUCUUCUCCAGCUCCAACAGCAUCCAUAAUGGAAAGGAUCUCUGCUAGCAAGGGAUUAAUCUCUCCUAUGAUGGCCAGGUUGGCGGCCGCUGCACUCAAGCCCUCUGUGGCACUUGAAGCAGCAGGGAAUGGCCAACCAGCAGCUCCCGGGCGGUUCAAUCCAGUUCAGGUGAAGCAGGAACCUGUGGAAGCCAUGGGGUCAUCAUCUGCCACCAGUCAGGAUUCCCUGCAGGAGCACAGCUUGGACUUGAGCGUCAAGGAUCAUGGUAAUGAAUCAAAUGGCCACACAGUCUCGGCAAAUUCAUCUCUUUUAUCCUCGCUUAUGAAUAAGAUGUCCAAGACCAGUGCCAGCCUUGGCAACCUGCUGAACAUUAAGACAGAAGGAGAUGGCAGCCAGGCUGGAGCUGGAGAGCCAACACAGUACUUGGGCAAGGCAGUGAAGGCACUUGUCCAGGAGAAGCUCUCUGAGCCAUGGAAGAUGUACCUGCGCCGGUUUGGUACCAAGGACUUCUGUGAUGCACAGUGCGACUUCCUCCAUAAGGUGCAUUUCCACUGCGUGGUGGAGGAGUGUGGGGCCCUCUUCAGCACCCUGGAUGGAGCCAUCAAACACGCCAAUUUUCACUUCCGAACUGAGGGUGGAACUGUGAAAAGCAACUCCGAGUCUCCCUUCUCAGCCACUACUGAGAAUAAGGCUUCACUGGCACCUUCAUCACCAUCUGCUACUUCUGUCACCAUGGCAAGUGCUCCUGCCCUUGACAUGCCCACUCCAAGUCCAGCUACUGUGCCCUCUACCCCUACACUGCUAGCUUGGAAGCAGCUGGCUUCAACUAUACCCCAGAUGCCUCAGAUCCCAGCAUCAGUGCCUAACCUGGCAACUUCCCCCUUGGCAACGACUUCCCUGGAGAACGCCAAGCCUCAGGUCAAACCUGGAUUUCUCCAGUUCCAGGAGAAUGAUCCCUGCCUGGCAACAGACUGCAAGUAUGCCAACAAAUUCCACUUCCACUGUCUCUUUGGGAACUGCAAGUAUGUGUGCAAAACCUCUGGCAAAGCAGAAUCCCACUGCCUGGACCACAUCAACCCCAACAAUAAUCUGGUGAAUGUGAGAGACCAGUUUGCUUAUUACUCACUGCAGUGUCUCUGUCCAAACCAGCACUGUGAAUUCAGGAUGCGAGGGCAUUACCACUGUCUUCGUCCUGGCUGCUACUUUGUGACUAACAUCACCACCAAGCUGCCCUGGCACGUGAAGAAGCAUGAGAAAGCAGAGAGAAGGGCAGCCAAUGGCUUCAAGUAUUUUACCAAGCGAGAGGAGUGUGGCAGACUAGGUUGCAAAUACAACCAGGUGAACAGCCACUUCCACUGCAUUCGAGAGGGCUGCCAGUUCUCCUUCCUGCUCAAGCACCAAAUGACAUCCCACGCCAGAAAGCACAUGAGAAGGAUGCUGGGCAAGAACUUUGAUCGUGUUCCUACUCAGGUUAUUGGCCACACUCCAAGAAAUGAAAAUCUCCCCCAGGUUGGCAGCAUGGCACCCAGCCCAGCCUCAUCAGGAACCCCAGCUUCCUUUCAGGGACCCCCAAGCAUGAUGGACACUGAAACAGAUGAGUACAUGGAUUACACUGGCUGUAGCCCUGGGGGUAUCUCCUCUGAAUCUUCCAAUAUGGACCGCAGCUGCUCCAGCACUCCAGUGGGCAAUGAAAGUACAUCAGCAGGGAACACCAUCACUAUGCCAACUGCCUCGGGGGCCAAGAAGCGCUUCUGGAUUAUCGAGGACAUGUCCCCGUUCGGCAAACGCCGCAAGACCGCGUCGUCACGCAAGAUGCUGGAUGAGGGGAUGAUGCUGGAGGGAUUUCGGCGCUACGACCUCUACGAGGACUGCAAGGACUCCAGCUGCCAGUUCUCCCUCAAGGUGACCCACUACCACUGCACGCGGGAGAACUGCGGCUACAAGUUCUGUGGCCGUACCCACAUGUACAAGCACGCCCAGCACCACGACCGCGUGGACAACCUGGUGUUGGAUGAUUUCAAGCGCUUCAAGUCUUCUCUGAGCUGCAACUUCCCAGACUGUCAGUUCUCUGGCAACAGCACACACUUCCACUGCCUGCGCUGCGGCUUCCGCUGCACCGACAGCACGAAGGUGACGGCCCACCGCAAGCACCACGGCAAGCAGGACGUCAUCAGCGCCGCCGGCUUCUGCCAGUUCAGCUCCAGCGUGGACUGCGAGGUGCCUGACUGCAAGUACAAACUCAAGUGCUCCCACUUCCACUGCACCUACCCCGGCUGCAAACACACGGUGGUGGGCAUGUCCCAGAUGGACUCGCACAAGCGCAAGCACGAGAAGCAGGAGCGAGGGGAGCUGCCUGCCAUCUCUCCCGGCCCCGAGGGCCUCGCCCACUCCACUCUCGAGUACGACAUCCAGAACUCUUCCAUCAACCUGGACAGUUCCCUCAACCUCAGCACUGACAACAACAGCUCCCUCUUCUUCCUGCAGAACGCGGCCGGCGUGGGCCUCAACGAUUCCCUGGACCUCAGCAAGAAGCAGUCGGAAGCCAGCGAGGGCCCGUCGCCGAGCAGAGCCGCGGCCGCGGCACAGGAGAGGGGCGCGGCGGCAUCGGGCUCCGGCGAUGUGGAGGACGAGGACGACUCUUCCCAAGAGGACGAGGAGGAUGACGAGGAGGAGAUGAAUGAAGAAGAGGAGGAUGAUGAAGAGGAGGAUGAUGAUGACGACGAUGAGGAGGAGGAUGAAGAGGAAGACCUGAACACUGAUUCGGAGGAAUCGCUGCCUGACACCGAGGGCCCGCCCGCUAAAGAGGAUGGAGAACCGGAGGAGGCUGCUUCUUCCACAGACCAGGGCGAUGCUUCCAGGCCGCAGGGUGAGCCAGCCCCUGCUCCAGCCCCAGCUCCAGCCCCAGCUCCAGCUGCAGCCCCAGCCUCUGCCGUCGCUCCAGCAGCUUCUCCCUAACCUUAGAGACGACAGCGGCAGUGGUUCGGUUUUGCUCUUACACAGAAUUACUAAGAGGACCCCACAUGAGGCAAGAACAAAGAUCGGGAUGGCAAGUGAAAAGCAAACUCCGUGCCACACACGUGAGAGAGAGAGAGGAAGGAAGGAAACCCAUGCUCCUCCACAGCCCCCCCACGAGAGACAGGCUGGCAGCAGGACUGGUGCUGCAUCGCUUCGUGAAGCAGAUCACGGAACACGGGGGCAGGACGCGGCACAAAACGCCCUUUACACGGACAAGGACCUUGAGGGUACCGGCUGCUUUUCCUUGCUCCCUGCAUGGUGCGUGGGGCCUGUGCCCAUCUGGGGACCCUUUGUUAUGGGUGGGGCUCUAUCCCCCCCUUUUUUCUUUCUGGGUUUUGUUUUUCCAUGUUUUCAGUUUUACGAUAUUAAUAAUAAUCUCCACUUCUUGGAGGGGGGUGGGUGGGAACAACAGGUAAUGAAUUUUAGAAACAUAUAUAUCUGUGUGUGUGUCUCUCUAUAUAUAAUGUACACACACACACACAUAUAUAACAGUCAAGGAAUUGGUGUCACAAAGACAACCAGCUCAGCUUUUGCCAGUGGGAAGGGGGGUGAGGGGUGUGCGCUCUCUCGCUCUCUCUCUCCACCCCUCCCCCUUCUUUCUCCAGCAUUAAAUGAAUGGCAUCAGACAGCGAGGGUGGGAGGUGGGUAUUUAUUGUCACAUAAAUGAGGACGCAUUAAUGAAUGAGCAGGGGUGGGAAUGGGACACUCCUCUAUUCUUCCAGAACCUUUUUACUAUUAAUGGUAAUAAUUUUGAAUGCUAUUUAUAUUGUAAAACUUUUCUCAGUCUACACUUUCUCUGUAGGACACCUCUCCUCGGCCCUGCUGUGCUGCCCGCAGGGCUUUAGCUGAAGUGACUUGGGAAGAACACAGCAGGCAGUUAAAAGGGUCUGUCACACUGGAGGACUGGGGUUAACCUCCCAUCCAGUUCCAUCUCAUCCCAACCCCCCGGGUGCUUCCUCUCAGUUGAGGGUGAGGCGUUUUUGUGGUGCUUCAGUAUCCCCAUCUCAGGAGGUUGUGAGCUGACACUGUCGCGCGGUGCGGCACACGUGCCCACACACGAGCGUCCUUAGCCACUACAGCAGCCUUGCAGAGACUCCUUGCUCUCUGACCCCAGCAGCCACAGGUAUGUCCCCUCUCCCCACUGCUGUCUGUCUGCAUGGACUCAUCUCUCUGGUGACUUGAGCGAAGGCACCACUGAGGAGGGAGGUGAAGGCAGGCAGACAUCCAGGGUCCUGCUGCAGUGUCCAGCUCAGGAGGGGUCUCCUCUGCUCAGCUCUGCAGCAGGGAGCGGGGGUGACACUGUUCUGCAGCACCUCACCCUGGUAGCCGUUGGCCCAGACCCGCUUUCUGCAGCUACAAACCAUGAGGCUGCUGCAACCUGCGCAGCACACAGAAGGCCAAGAUGGGGCAGAUGCUAGUAGAGGCCAGGACACAGUCCAGCUAAGAGCGAAUGCAUUUCUGGGUGCACACUGAUACAUUUGGACAAUGAGGGCUAAUGGCUUGGGCACUGCAUAAGCAAAUGCCACUAUAUUGUGUUGAGACCUGGCACCCCCAGCACCUCGGCCUUUCUCCUGCUCUUUUCCUGACCCAGUCUGGGAACACACACUACAGGAUCCUGUCCCAGACUCUGACAGGUGAGAGAGCAGCUGUUUGACCGCAAAUCCUCACCUGAGUCAGAGAGAGAGAGCUUGUCUACAGACCCCUGGGCUCCAGAAGGACUAGCUGAGUGAACUCUGCUCACAGUUAUUUCAGUGCCAGUUUGUAAGUACACCAGCCUAGCAAAAGGUUCCUUGUGUCUAAACUUUGUCCCUUUUUGGACAAAAAAAAAAAAUCCACUUAAUUAUUUGUUUAUCCCUAAUAUCAUGCAGGCACAGCACACUCCCCUCCCCCCAGCGCCAUGAGCACUUCAGCUCCAGGGGAUCCCCAGCAUUUGUCUUCACCCUGAACAGAGAAAAGGCCUCGAGAAGUUUAGGUUGGGUUGUGUCUCACAAAUGAACCGGCGCAGCUCGAGUCGGAUUCAUAAACAAGCAGCUCAGCUGUGUAAAUGUGGGGACAGAACGUUCAGAUAACGUUUCAAAAGGAAAAGGCAAAAAAACACCCAACCACCCUACCCCAAAACAGCAACACAAAGUUGUACAAUAUUCUUCCUGUAAAGUGUAUUACUGUACCUAGAACAAAAGAAGCCCCCAAUGCCAGGGUGAGGGGUCCGUGCCUCUGGGUAGCCCUUAGAUACGGUUAAUUGUGUGCAAUUUGCUUUUCUUUUUUUCCUUCUUUUUUUUUUGACUCUUUUUUUCCCCUUCAGUGUAGUGUUUGUUUGGAGGGGGGAGGCAGGGAGGGCACAGUCCCUGCACUGAGCGGAGCUGCACGAUUCCGGAUCCUAACUUGAAUUUUGUAGAGAUGAAACAAAUGAAAAACAAACAAAAAAAAGAGAAACAAAUGAGAUAUUGUUAUUUACUAGUUUGUAGUAUAUUUAAUUCUUUGGAGUUCUUUUUCCUCUAUCAGCUAUUUGUGUGGCUUUUAUUUUUAUAGGGGUUUUUUGUUUGUUUGUUUUUGUUUUGUUUGGUAUAUCCCCUGCCCUCAGCUGUGUGUUUUCUAGCACAAACCCAAUUCUUGAAUAGGAUGAAGCUCACGUUCCUGGGGCAGAGAGAGAGAAUGAGGCCCUGGGAUUUCUAGAAAUGGGAUGGGGCAAAAAAAAAAGAAAAAAAGGAAAAAAAAAAAAAAAGAUGUUACUUUAAUGGCAUUUGCUGCAGGUUCUGUACUUGUACAUUGUUUCCCAUAUUCAGCUCCUUUAGAUAGUAUGGUGAUGGGCUCCAAGAGGAAUCCUUGGAUGUAACACAAGCCACAUCUUCCAGAGAGAGAUGUGUUUCUUUUGUACUGCUGAAAUCAACAACGUGACUUCUGUGGGAGCAGGAUCGAGCCUCCUGCCUUCAACACAACACGCUGGGAGGGCUCCAGGAACCCUGCCCCGAGCGUUGCUGCCGCCGAGGCGAGCAGGGAGGGUCCGGCCGGGGACAGACAGCCUGAGCAGCUCUGGCCCUGCACCGCCUCAUGGUGGUUUUACCUCUCCCCUUUCAUCUCCUAGCAGACUCCACUGACUGAAUCGCUGCACAACAGUGGGAGAAAGCAGAAGUGUGUGGAGAAAAGGGGUGAGAGAUGUGGUGGUAGCUGUGCUAAGGCCGGCGCCGGGCCGUCCCGCGCCCUCCGCUCUGGCCCCGCGGCAGGGCCUGCGUUUAUCUAUGCACACCAUUUCCCCCCAAGGUACCCUACUUCUCCCUCACAUCUCAAGCCUUUCUCCCAAACCUUUAUCACUUCUUCUCUGGGAGCCGGCAGGGGGAAGGAGGUUUCUCUCCCCAGAGGCUGCUGCCCAGACCCUGCGGACGGGCAGCCAUCGGCCCCCCCCGCGUCGGGCUCCUGCCCUCUCGCCUCUGUAAAUCUCUUCCUUGUCUCUAUUUACAACAACAACAACAACAAGUCAAGAAAGUUAAACCUGUCUUUUUGAUUGUUUUUGAAUUCUGCUAGGUUAAGGCUUUAAUUCAGCAAAACUCUUGAGCAGAUGGUUUGUAAGCGGGGCUCAGCCCGCGCUUAAGGGCUUUUCUGAACAAAGGCCUCCCCGUUACAGCCAGGUGGUUCUCCAGCUCCAGCCACCAGUAAGGACUGUCCGUACAAUCCCACUGAAAUGUGGGCUUACAGGAAUGACCAGAGGAAAAAGGGAGAUUCAGCUAACUGUGUGAGGAGGGGAGAGCGAGAGAGAGAGGGGAAAUGGAACUGUUCUGUCCAAAACAAGAUAAAAACCAAACUAAAUAAACCUUGAGAUGGACCCUCCUGAUUCUGCCACCAUUCACUGCUGAAGAGCAAACAACAGCCCUAUUGACUAGAUCACUCAUUCUAGCCACAAACUCAACUGGAUUAAAGUCUGUGUGGAAGGAAUUUUGUAAAGAAAAGGAAAAAAAAAAGUAAAAAAAAAAUAAAUAAAACUUCCAAUGUAGCAAAAAAAAAAAGAGAAAAAAAACAACAGAAAAACCCCAACUUUAAAAACAAAAAUGAUAAAAAAAAGAGGGAGGAUUCUAGCCUUUGGUAAUCUCCAUAUUGCACACUAGGACUAUAAGCCAUUGCUAGCUCAUUUUGAAUUUUAAAUGUGUAAUUUUUUUUGUUUGUUUUGUUGUUGUUUUUUGGUUUUGUUGGUUUUUUUUUUUUUCUUUCCGUGGGGGAGGGGGUGGGAAAUAAAUGCUUGAACCACCAAUGCUCUUUUUAAUGUUUUAUAAAUAUGUAUGUGUAUAUAUAUAAAUAUAAAAAUAAUAUGUAUGCACAUAUAUAUGUGUGUGUGUAUAUAUCUAUAUGUAUAUACAUAUAUAUAGAUAUAUAGAUAUAUAUAUAGGUUUUGAGACAAAAAAAUGCAGAAAGUGAUAAAAAAAAAGAAACCCAACACCCUAACCAGGAUGGUGUGCUCUGAUUUACUUGAAUCUGGUCUCUUCAGCACCUGCGUUAUUAAGAACUGAAUAUUUUUCCACUUGAAUUUAGUGCUAUUAGAAAUUUAAUAUAUGUGUUUUAUUUAUUUGAUUUUUUUUUGCAUGACUGAUGCAAGGUUUGACAUUUUCACUCAAUA